AUGAUAAAUUAUAUUUUGAUCGUUAACCGGUUAGGGCAGCCGAGAUUGAGGAAAUAUUUCAAUUCUUCAUUGUUCUCUCCGUCAGAAACUAAUUCGGAUCUACGGGAUGUUAUCAAGUUAUCUCUUGGCAGAGAUCAGAAACUGGCAACCUGUUUCAAAUAUAAGAACGAGAAAAUAUUGUGCAGGAAAUACUUCAACCUCCUUGUCAUUGUUUCCAUUGAUGAUUUUGAGAAUGAAAUAGCCAUUUAUGAGUUUAUCCAUAUGUACAUGUCGACAUUAAAUGAUUAUUUCAACAAUAAACUGCUGAUGAUGAGCACUGACAAAUGUCACAUGAUCCUCGAGGAAAUAGUCAGCAACAAUGGCAGGGUGGUGAACAGUACCAAAGAUCACAUAUUGUCCACGAUUAGAGUUUUAGAAACUUUCGAAAACCAACCAACAUGA